UGUUAAUGUGGGAAUUAAUGUAUGUUGGGCUAAGUAACGUUAAUUCAGUGUUUGCGAAAAACGUUAGGAACCAGAUAUUUCGAGUGUUUGUUCUCUCGGGGAUCACUGUAGGCGUAACACGCAUAGAACAGCAUGGCUGAUGAACCUCCAGUGAAGAAAAAUAAAACAAAUAAUCUUUCAGACAAAAAGGGCGAAGAGAGAAAAAACUGGAGGGAAUGGAAAGAACAAAAGAAAGAAGAGAAGAGACAACGCAAAGAGAGCAAACUCAUCCAACAGCUGGAGAAACAGAAGCAGAAGAAAGAGGAGGAAACUGAGCAGCAGGUUCAGCAGGAACAGAGGGAAAGUAAAGGUCGUUCGUACACGUUGAGUGUGGCUCUGCCCGGGUCAGUGAUGGAGAAUGCUCAGUCACCAGAGCUGCGUACGUACCUGGCGGGUCAGAUCGCCCGGGCCUGCGGUGUGUUCUGUGUGGAUGAGGUGGUCAUAUUCGAUGAGCUGAGGGAGGACGUCAAGAGCGUUGAGGGAGAGUUCAGAGGCGUUGGUAAGAAAGGCCAGGGCUGUGUCCAGCUCGCACGCAUCUUGCAAUACCUGGAGUGUCCACAGUAUCUCCGGAAAUCUUUCUUCCCGAAGCAUCGAGACCUGCAGUUUGCUGGUCUGUUGAAUCCUCUGGACAGCCCACAUCACAUGCGCAUCGAUGAGGAGGUGGAGUUUCGAGAGGGGGUGGUGCUCAAUCACCCGAGCAAAACGGGGAAAGGGUCCUUAGUCAACUGCGGGAUGAGGAAGGAAGUUCAGAUCGAUAAACUGCUAAAAGCUGGUCUGCGAGUGACUGUACAGCUCAACAACAGCCAAAACAAAGAGGGUAAGUUGUAUAAAGGUGUUGUUGUGGCUCCUCACAUCCCGAGGACGGAGGGAGGGCUGUACUGGGGCUACAGCGUCCGUCUGGCUUCCUGUCUCAGUGCUGUGUUCUCAGAGUGUCCAUAUAAAGAUGGAUAUGAUCUGACCAUCGGUACAUCAGAGAGAGGAAAGAACGCAGAUCACGUCACACUUCCUCCAUUCAAGCACAUGCUGGUGGUGUUCGGAGGUCUUCAGGGUUUAGAAGUGAGUGUUGAUGCCGAUGAGAACCUGAACGUCACUGAUCCCAGCGUGCUCUUUGACCUUUACCUCAACACCUGUCCAGGGCAGGGCAGUCGCACCAUCCGCACCGAGGAGGCUAUAUUAAUCAGUUUAUCAGGACUCAGGCAGAAAAUCGCAGCUGUAUUUCCUGACCAAUCCAAAGGAUGACCACAGGAAGCACAUUUGCAGAACCACAGGAAGUACACCUGUCAAGACCUUAUCAAUGUACAUUAUUGUGAAUCAUUUUGUAUUGAAAUAUAAGUUUGUAUCACUGAACUGUCAUGCAUAUUGUGUUUAUAACUACAAACAAACAAAUCAUGAAACUCGAGUCUGUUUUCAAACGUAUACGUUUCUUUUAUUUUUUCAGACAGGCAUGUAAAGAACAUUCAUAAUGAGAAACGAGCAAAACAGUCAGCUCAUACUGUCAAAUCACUGCAGUCAUGAGUUAUAAUUAUCAUCAAAAUAAUACUGAUUUCAGCCUGCAAGCCUUCCAGAAUAAAAGCAUCUACAUACAAAUGCCCCAGAUGGUUAUUACCCACAAUCCCUCUGCUCUUGUGCUCGGGCAGAUGGUUGAUUUUAAAUAACGAAAUGAGUGAAGAAAAAACACAUUCUCUGAAGGUUUUGAUAUUAUGGGUGAUAACUGAGAUUAUUAUCGAGCAGGACUUGAAAAUGUGAAAUGUAAUGCAUGCGAUGUUUACAAUGAAAUAUGUCAUUCAAAA